AUGGAGAAGAGAUGGGUGACUACUUGGUUUUCUAAAUGGAGAAGAGAGGGGCGAAUGUGUCAGGAGAUGGAUUAUGUUCACAUUUCUGAUUCGGAUCUCAGGAUCUUGGACCUUUGGUCAUCUGGACAGUGGAACCUUGAGAAUAUCUAUUCUCCUCUGAAUCAGUCUCUGCAGAGCAACAUUAACUCUUACAACCCAGAUGUUCAAGCUGGUUCAGAGGUUGGUUGGUGUUGGACCGGUGCGGUUUCAAAGGUUUAUGAUGCUCAUAGUGGUUAUUUGUGGCUCAGUAAGAAGAUGUUUAGUUGGGAGGAUAGGGGUAAUUGGCUUUGGCUUUGGCGUCAACAUGUUCCGGAAAAGCACAAAUUUUUGGCCUGGCUAUGUCUUCGAGAGGCUCUUCCUACUGCUGCAUUUCGUUUUAGGAGGGGCAUUUCGCACACGGAUAGUUGUCCACGAUGUUUCUCAGGUCAGGAAUCGGUAUUACAUUGUAUUCGCGAUUGUCCAAAAGUCCAACUUGUUUGGCAAGCUUUAGGGAUCUCCGAUCAACCAGUGGAUUUAAUGAGUUGGUUCUUACAUAAUAGCAAACAACGCCCUUUUAGAUUCUUUUCUGGUUUCUGGUGGAUUUGGCGUUCGAGGAAUAACGAGAUCUUUCAUCCUCACGACCAUUGGACCACAUACAAGGUGAUUCGUAUGGCUUUGUCCUUGGAAAAGGAGCUUCGAAAUAUUUUUGAGUUGCAACGACUGUCUAUCCCCUCAACCAUUAGUGGCUCUUGGAUUCCCCCCUCAGUGGGUACCUUUAAGAUUAAUUGUGAUGCUAGCUAUCCUGGCAGUGGUGCUCGAGUUGGUUUUGCUUGUGUUAGCAGAGAUUGGAAGGGAAGGUGGCAACGAGGUUGUCUGGGAACAAUUGAGAGUCGUAGCAUUUUGCAAGAAGAGUUGUUUGCUAUUUGGAGAGAUUGCUCUGGGUUUAUUGAUCCUUUGGUGUUAAAAAUUCGAGAUAUCAUGUCUUGGAAAUGGCGUGCUGAUCUUCGGUUGAUCUUGAGAGAUGCAAAUACAGUAGCAGACAUUAUGGCAAAAACCGCAAUGAGAACCCUUUCUCCCCAAGUGAAGCUUCCGUUGCCUUGA